AUGCUAAUUAUACUCGCCACAAUUCCGGACGCUGUUGCCGAGGGCAAGAACGAUAAAGCAAAUGGAACUGCUACAGUGUAUGGCAAUAAUAAGGCUACUAACGGAACUGGAAAGGACACUAGUGCAACGGAUGGCAACGAUAAGGCUACUAACAGGACCGGAAAAGGCACUAGUACAACGAGUAAAAAAGAUCCGUGCGAGGAUCUGGACCUGUCGGAAAACAGUACCAGAUUUUCUAUGUUGGGACUAUGCUCCAAUUCAAAAACCGGGCUGCGUAUGAGUCGUAAGUGCAAACGUUCAUGUGGAAUUGAUGUUGGGAAGACAAAGUGCUGUAUGGAUCUGGAAACGGACUGUUCCUCCGCAAACUGUUCCAGUGCCGUGCAGCGGGUUAAAUGUUUGGCUACGUGCACACGCUGCAAUUGCAAGGAUACCGCCAAGGACUGCACGAGCUAUAAAGCUUACUGUCACGGCGACAAAUACUCGAAGCUGAUGAGGACGCGCUGCAGACGCACCUGUAAUUUCUGCUGA